AGAAAAAAACACCCCAUUUUCAAAUUGUCAUGAACACAGACGAAGCUAAGAAAGAGAGACGAGAGGGAGAGAUAGAGAUGGUGUAUACCUCCUUGCUGAGAAGCCCAAAGAAGGAAGAACAGCAGGUGCCAGACACCAUCCGUUUCUCCGAAAUUGAGAAGGAGACCGAUGUUGCGGAUGAGUUGGAGUGCUUUUGGGGCAUGGAAGAGGAAGUUGACUUACCUCCAGAGGGUAAGAACGCAUGUGGUCAACUCAAUUGGGACUUCGUGGAUUGGGAAGGUUUUUCAGUUGGAGAAGAAGAAGUGAGUCGUGACCAGAAGGUAGCGGACAUGGGCAUGUUUUUCCAAGAACAUGAGAGCCGCUUCACUUCUGCAAAGGGUGACCAGAACUGUGAAUUUUGGGACGAUGAUCCUGGGGAGAAGAAGGUGUCCUUGAAUCUGAGUCUGAAUUAUCAAGAGGUUUUGGAUGCCUGGUCCGAUCGCGGGCCUCUUUGGGCAGACGAAUAUUCUCUCUCGAUGGCGAACAAUGGCUAUAUGGGAGAGGUGCCAGUAAUGGAGGAAGAGAGAAGAAGAAGGGAAGCAAGCGUGCUUAGGUACAAGGAAAAGCGUCAGACUAGAUUGUUCUGUAAGAAGAUAAGAUAUCAAGUUCGCAAACUCAAUGCAGAUAAAAGACCUAGGCUCAAGGGUCGAUUUGUGAAGAGAGUUCCAGAAAAGACGCUUAAAUUUAGGACCGUCAAGGAGCAGAGUUGAGCGGCCUGGGAUUGAAAGAAAACUUAAUGAGCUUCAAAAGAAUUCUGUUAUUCAAGCUUUUGCUUAAAA